AUGAGCGAGAAACAUCGAAUCAAGCUUGAGAAAUUUGCUCAAAAGAAAGCGAGACAAGCACAGCACCAAUCUAAUACAAACCCGAAGGAGAAAAAGCCCAGGAAGCUAGAUGUCCUUGCUGUCAACGCAAAGGAUUGGGUCGAUGAGACCCCUCCUGGACAGAAGAAAAUCUUGAAAUCGCUUGAUGAUGACUUCCUGAAAGCUUACGUGCCGAAUGUUGUCGAAUCGUCCUGGUAUAGUUUCUGGGAGGAACAAGGAUUGUUCAAGCCGCGAACAAAUGAGGACGGCAGUCUGAAACCGAAAGGGAGCUACGUGAUUGCGAUACCGCCACCAAAUGUCACCGGAAAGCUACACAUCGGACACGCUCUAGCGCUCUCUUUGGAAGACACCCUAAUCCGAUGGCACCGCAUGCGACAGUUCUCAACAUUAUACAUUCCCGGCUGCGACCAUGCAGGAAUUGCGACGCAGGCUGUUGUCGAGAAGCGACUUGCAAGACAACCAAUCGAUGGAAAGUCUAGGAGGCAAGACUUCACGAGAGCUGAAUUCGUCCAGCUGUGUCAAGAUUGGAAAGGGGAUUACCGUGAAGAAAUAAAUAAGACAACUCGCAGACUGGGGGUUUCGGUAGACUGGUCACGAGAGGCGUUCACAAUGAGCCCACAGCUAUCAAAAGCUGUCACCGAGACGUUUAUUCAACUUCAUUCAGGUGGUUUGAUCUACCGGGCUAACAGGCUCGUGCAUUGGUCAUGCCACCUCUCCACGGCAUUAUCUACACUUGAAGUAAAUCAGCUUGAAAUUGACGGGACAACAAAGCUCACAAUUCCUGGCUAUGAUAGGAAAAUUGAAUUUGGGACCCUUACGUAUUUCAAAUACCCGAUCGAAGGCUCGGAUCAAACAAUCGAGAUCGCCACUACUAGACCGGAGACCAUGCUAGGAGAUACCGGAAUUGCCAUUCACCCUGACGAUGACAGAUAUAGGAGCUUCGUGGGCAAGAUCGCGCGACACCCUAUCAUACCCCACAGGAAAUUGAGAAUUGUCGCUGACGAAUAUGUGGAGAGAGAGUUCGGGACUGGUGCUGUCAAGCUGACGCCUGCUCAUGACCACAACGAUUUUAAUCUAGGCAAGAAGCAUCAUCUACCAUUCAUCAACAUUCUCAACGAAGACGGGACUUUCAAUGAAAACGCUGGUCCCUACGCUGGACAGAAACGGUUCGAUGCCAGAUAUGGUGUGAUCGAGGAACUCAAAAAUCUCGGCCUCUUCACUCGACAAGAGCCGAACAAGAUGGUUGUCCCGAUAUGUAGCCGAUCAGGAGAUGUCAUUGAAUCGCUGUUGAAGCCGCAAUGGUGGAUGAGAAUGGAACCAUUGGCGAAGCCAGCCAUAGAAGUCGUUGAACGUGGCGAGCUCGUGAUCCGACCAGAGGCUCAGAAGCGGCACUAUCUACAAUGGAUGCGGAAUCUCCAGGACUGGUGCUUGUCAAGACAGCUAUGGUGGGGUCAUCAGAUCCCGGCAUACUUCGUUACCGUCGAGGGCGAAGAUAAGGCAGACGAUGUCAAUGAUGACUAUUGGGUCUGUGGGAGGACUGAAGAGGAGGCGAAGGAAAAGGCUGAAGCGAAGUUCCCUGGCAAGAAAGUUACACUCAAGAGGGAUGAGGAUGUUUUGGAUACCUGGUUCAGCUCUGGACUUUGGCCAUUCAGUACUCUUGGAUGGCCGGACCAGACGGCAGAUCUCGAAAAAUACUUCCCAAAUACGACCUUGGAAACUGGUUGGGAUAUUCUGCCGCUAUGGGUCAGCCGUAUGAUUAUGUUCUCACUCAGAUUGACCGGCAAAGUACCCUUUAAAGAGGUCUUCUGUCAUGGUCUAAUCCGAGACAGCGAUGGCAGAAAAAUGUCAAAGUCCCUCGGCAACGUCAUUGAUCCGAAAGACAUAAUGGACGGCAUAAGCCUCGAGUAUCUAAACAAGAAGCUACUGGAAGGUAACCUACCCCAAACGGAGGUCAAGAAUGCCGAGAGAUAUCAGAAAAAGGCCUUCCCACAAGGUAUCCCGGAGGUGGGAGCCGAUGCGCUACGCUUCUCGCUCGUUCACUACACUCAAGUAUCCGGCAGUGACAUUAAUUUCGAUGUCAACACAAUGCAAAGCUACCGGAAGUUCUGUAACAAGAUCUAUCAAGCCGCGAAAUAUGCCCUUGGCAAGUUUGGAAACGACUUCAUCCCCCGCUCUGGCAGUGGACUAUCAGGUAAUGAGAGUCUGGCCGAGAAGUGGAUUCUCUCGAAGAUGAACGCGGCCACAAAACAAAUCAACCAAGCGCUCGAAGAGCGAGAAUUUUCCCGUUCCACAGAAAUCAUCUAUAGGUACCUGUGGGACGAUCUCUUUGGCACCUAUAUCGAGAAUUCCAAGUCCAUCAUUUCAGACGGUACGCCCGAGGAAGCGCGCUCAGCCAGGGACACAUUAUAUACUACAUUAGAGACAGGCCUGCGCCUCAUCUCACCAUUCAUGCCAUUUUUGAGCGAAGAACUUUGGCAACGACUACCACGCCGCCCAGGAGACGACGCGCAAUCCAUCACGAUUGCGUUGUACCCGGAGUACGAACCCUGCAUGGAUGAUCUUGACUCAGUAAAAGCAUAUGAGCUUGUGCUAGGUUGCUCAAAGGGGAUUCGAUCGCUUAUGGCGGACUAUGGUGUGAAAGAUGUCGGCAUCAUACAUAUCGGGCCUUUGAAUGCAAGAGCGCACGAUACUAUAUCCACUCAGCUUCCCGCCAUCAGGUCGCUCUGCUGUAAAAUACCAACAGAAAUCAGGAUCGGUGUUGUGGGAGCUGGAGAGCCCAGUCCACCGGGCUGUGCUGUCUUCCCUGUUUCCGCAGAUGCAAAUGUCUUUCUCACUAUUCAGGGUCGCGAAAUAGAAGCCGGGAAAGAAGCCGAGAAAAUUAGGGCGAAACUGGAUGAAGCGAGGAGAGAUCAGAAUGAGGUCUAUACGUUUAGGGAAGAGCUGGGUAAAGUUCUAGAUAAGGAUGUUAGUGAAGCUAUACGGCUGGCCGACAGUCGCAGGCUGGAUGUGGAGGCAAGGUUGCGGGCUUUUGAGGAGGCCAUUGCGAUGUUGGAGAUUUAG